AUGACGGUUAGUAUGUUGUUCGUGAACUUGUGGUGUGGUCAGACGGCUAAAGUGACUUGCGAAGGAUCCGAGCAAGUCGAGAUGACAACAAGAGGGUUUUGUCGAUGGAAAAUACAUGCUCCUUUUAUACCUUUCAGAGGGAAUCAGAAUGAGCUUUUCAAUGAGUCGACUUGUUGGCUCAUUCUUGUCUCGUCUCUCCUUUUCCCCUCUAACCUCAUUAUCUCAUUGCGUCUCAAUGAGUCUCAAUUAGUCUCAGGUACCUGGGGAGCAAUAUUAGCCGGAUGGCCGUUCGGCAUCUAUUUCUGUAUAUGA